ACAGAACCCACUUCCCGAGUAUCUCUCUCCGCAAAAGGAGACGGAAGCAUCAUAGUGUCGUCGCACGUCAACUAUGAGGAUGAUCGCGCAAUGUUAGACAUAUAAUUGGCCGUUCUGCCUAUGCUAUGGCAGGUGCUCAUGCUCAGUUGUUUUGAAAUCAUCAUCACUGAGCAAUCAUGACUACAUUGAACGAUCAAUCAUCUGCUACCAAAUCAAUGGGAGGGGUAGAUGAAAAACAGUUUCCAACCGAUGUAUCCAUACCUGACCGGAAUGGAGAAGCCAUUGCGUGGACCGCGAAGGAAGAGAAAAGACUUCUACGAAAGCUCGACUGCUAUCUGAUGCCUUUACUCGUCCUUGGCUUCUUCGUCCUCCAACUAGAUCGCAGCAACAUUUCCAACGCUCUCACAGAUACGUUGACCAAAGACCUGGGAAUUACGAGGGACGAUGUGAACCUCGGUAAUCAAUUGAUGCUGGCAGGUAUCGUUGUUGCUGAGUUGCCUUCCAACAUCCUUCUCCAGAAAGUCGGUGCCCCUAUUUGGCUCACUGGACAGAUGUGCAUCUGGGGCACCAUCGCCUUGACUCAGGCCUGGUGUACCAACAUCCACUCGUUCUAUGCCACUCGCUUUCUGCUGGGACUGUUUGAAGGUGGAUACAUUCCCGGAGGACAAUAUGUCCUCUCAUUGUUUUACACCAGAGAGGAGCUUGCUCUUAGAACCGCCAUCUUCUACUUCGGAAAUUACUUUGCCACUGCUACCGGUUCUCUGAUGGCGGCUGGAAUAUUGAACCUCGCCGGCCAAGCUGGUCUUUCGGGCUGGCAAUGGCUCUUUAUUAUCGAGGGAAUUAUGACUCUGGUUGUUUUCCUGCUUUUCGUCCUAUUCCUACCCCGAAGUGCCUCUCAUACUAAGCCCAUUCACGGAUACUGGGAUCUUUUCACGGAUAAGGACAGAGCGAUCAUGGGCGCGCGUGUUACUAAGAGUGCGGCCAGAGCCCAGAUCUCCUGGGCGCAUAUCAAAGAAGCAUUCACGGACGUAAGACUAUGGCUCCAUCUGAUUCUCAAUCUCGCCAGUCUUGCGCCGAAAGGCGGACUCCAACUCUACGGACCGUCCGUCAUCAAAGGCCUGGGAUUUUCAAAGACAAGAGCGAACGCAUUGAACUCCGUCAGCAGCUUUUUGGUCGUGGUGUUUUCCUUCGCCAUAUCAUACGCGUCUGAUGCGACUGGUCUCCGUGGACCAUGGUGCAUAGUUGCAUUCGCAUGGUCCAUGGCCUUCGCAGGCGCGCUUUUCGGUCUACCGCUCCGCUCCGACAAAUGGACGAGGUACUGGGUCUUCACCUUCCUGGGAAGCGGCAAUGCUCUCGCGCAGGGCCUCAACGAUGCAUGGCUUAGCGUCAAUGCCCGCACGCCCGAGAAGCGUAGCAUCGGCCUUGCCUUCGUCGUCAUCGGAUCUAAUCUCGGAGGUCUGGCGGGCCAGCAGAUGUUCCGCGAAUCUGAUGCGCCGAGGUACCAGCGUGGGUUUUUGGCUAUUCUAUUGCUUUAUGUCGCGUCGAUUGCGAUCACGGCUGUGUUGAUGGCGGUGUACUGGUGGUCGAAUAGGGGGGCUGAGAGACCCGAGUCGGCUCAGGAUGCUAAUGCAUCGGAAGAGCUUGUGGGUCCGCCGCUGCGAUGUCAAUUGUAG